AUGGCUUUGCUGCUGCGGAAGUUGCGCGCGGGUUAUGCCGAGCAUGGCGAAGCCUGGCUCCGCACCGAGCUGGACAAGCAAAACCUGCAGGACCUGCGUGGGCUCGCUGUCGCUGCGUCUGUGCAACAGAAGUCUGCCGGGCGCACUCUCUCCAAAGCGGAUCUGUUGGAAGCUCUAUCACAGAGCAUUGUCGGGGAGCAGGCUUCAUGGGGCAUCGGCGUUUUUGAUGAUUGUCCAUGUCAGCUUCUGUUGCAGCGAGGCGUCAGUGUCGUCGCCAACGGUGUCUUGCGACGGCGCACCGCGCCGCUGCCUGGCCGACGACUUCUGCAGGAGAGCUGUUUGCCCGCCUCGACGCUGUCUUGCGAAAGGGCCGGUGUGGACGACUUUUUCCAUCCCAUGGCUUUGCUGCUGCGGAAGUUGCGCGCGGGUUAUGCCGAGCAGGGCGAAGCCUGGCUCCGCACCGAGCUGGACAAGCAAAACCUGCAGGACCUGCGUGGGCUCGCUGUCGCUGCGUCUGUGCAACAGAAGUCUGCCGGGGGCACUCUCUCCAAAGCGGAUCUGUUGGAAGCUCUAUCACAGAGCAUUGUCGGGGAGCAGGCUUCAUGGGGAAUCGGCGUUUUUGAUGAUUGUCCAUGUCAGCUUCUGUUGCAGCGAGGGGCCGAUGAACCGGCGUCGCAGCAAAAGCUGCAGGAGCUGCGCACGGGUUAUGCCGAGCAGGGCGCAGCGUGGCUUCGCACCGAGCUGGACAAGCAAAACCGGCAGGAGCUGGCUGAGCUCUGCAUCGCUGCGGAUGUGCGACAGAAGUCAGCCGGGCGCAAGCUCUCCAGAGCGGAGUUGUUGGAAGCUCUAUCACAGAGCAUUGUCGGGGAGCAGGCUUCAUGGGGAAGUGGCGUUCUUGAGGCCGAUGAACCGGCGUCGCAGCAAAGGCUGCAGGAGCUGCGCACGGGUUAUGCCGAGCAGGGCGCAGCCUGGCUCCGCGGCGAGUUGCGGAAGCACAGUAAGGAUGAGCUGGCUGAGCUCUGUGUCGCUGCGGAUGUGCAACGACACGCAGCCGGGCGCACUCUCUCCAAAGCGGAUCUGUUGGAAGCUCUAUCACAGAGCAUUGUCGGGGCCGAUGAACCGGCGUCGCAGCAAAAGCUGCAGGAGUUGUGCGCGGGUUAUGCCGAGCAGGGCGCAGCGUGGCUUCGCACCGAGCUGGACGAGCAAAACCGGGAGGAGCUGGCUGAGCUCUGCAUCGCUGCGGAUGUGCGACAGGAGUCAGCCGGGCGCAAGCUCUCCAGAGCGGAGUUGUUGGAAGCUCUAUCACAGAGCAUUGUCGGGGAGCAGGCUUCAUGGGGAAGUGGCGUUCUUGAGGCCGAUGAACCGGCGUCGCAGCAAAGGCUGCAGGAGCUGCGCACGGGUUAUGCCGAGCAGGGCGCAGCCUGGCUCCGCGGCGAGUUGCGGAAGCACAGCAAGGAUGAGCUGGCUGAGCUCUGUGUCGCUGCGGAUGUGCAACGACACGCAGCCGGGCGCACUCUCUCCAAAGCGGAUUUGUUGGAAGCUCUAUCACAGAGCAUU